UAUAAUCCAAUAUUGGAAGCCAUUAGUGAAUUCGCAGAAAAAAAGACAAGGAUGCCAGAAUACUGUGUAACAGGAGGAACAGGCUUCAUUGCCGCUUACCUUGUCAAAACCUUAUUAGAGAAAGGUCACACCGUCAGGACUACUGUUCGAGAUCCUGGAGAUGAAAGCAAGGUGGGAUAUUUGAGGGAGUUGAGUGGAGCAAAGGAGAGGCUUAAGAUUUUCAAGGCCGAUCUAAUGGUGGAAGGGAGCUUUGACGAGGCCAUACAUGGCGUCGAUGGUGUCUACCACACAGCCUCGCCUGUGCUCGUUCCCUGCGAUGACAAUAUUCAGUCAAGUUUGGUCGAUCCAUGUAUAAAAGGGACUAGGAAUGUACUAAGCUCGUGUGCAAAAGCUAGUAGUGUGAAACGUAUUGUGCUCACGUCUUCGUGCUCUUCGAUAAGAUACCGAUAUGAUGUCCAACAAAUCUCGCCUCUCAACGAGUCCCAUUGGAGUGACCCUGAAUAUUGCAAGAACUAUAAUCUCUGGUAUGCAUAUGCCAAGACUACAGCAGAGAAAGAUGCCUGGAAAUUUGCCGAGGAGACUGGGAAAGAUCUGGUUGUGGUGAACCCUUCUUUCGUAGUUGGUCCCCUCCUAGCACCACAACCCACCAGUACUUUGUUUCUGAUCCUCGCUGUAGUCAGAGGUGAAAGAGGUGAGUACCCAAAUACAACAGUUGGAUUUGUACACAUAGACGAUGUGGUGGCUGCUCACAUUAUGGCAAUGGAGGAUAGUAGGGCAUCAGGCAGGCUUAUCUGCUCAAACUCAGUAGCUCACUGGUCUCAGAUCAUUGAGAUGCUCAGAGCCAAAUAUCCAUCCUACCCUUUUGAAAACAAGUGUAGUAGCCAGGAAGGAGACAGCAAUCCACAUAGCAUGGACACUAGUAAAAUCACUCAACUGGGUUUUCCUGGUUUUAAAACACUUGAACAAAUGUUUGAUGACUGCAUCAAAAGCUUCCAAGACAAGGGCUUUCUCUGAAGUUUUAUCCUUGAUUAAUUAAUAAUUAAUGGGAAUUUUAGCAAUAUGCUAUUUUGUAAGAGACUUAUAUAUAUAUGCUCUAAGCAUCUAGCUGAAAAUGAGUAAGAAAUUGAAAAUUUGAUGGGAGUAUAAAAAGGUAAGAAUUUAGGUAUGUACUAAGUAGUUUGGAAGUCAAGUUUAAAUACUAAAUUUCCUUCUUCAGA